AUGAAAUUAAGUAUUAAUUUGAGUCGAAAAAUAAAUUCUAAUCACUUAAUAACUAACCAAUGUUUUUUUAUCCAAACUAUAAACUUUAAUAAAAAACUAUAAGUAUAAACUAAAAAUAAAACCAAAUGUUCUUCUACUAUAACAGUUUAAUAAUAUUCUUCAACUUCUUUAAUUAGCGGAUAUUGAAAGUUUGUUAAAGCUGCACACAGUUGAAAAAUAACUGAAAUUUGGGAUAUAUAAUAAGGUGGAACCUGCUACAAAAUAUUAUAACAUUUUAUUCUUCUGAUGGCUCUUUCUACAUGAAUUCUGGCUUUUGCAAUUUGCUGUGUUUCAUAUAGGGGAGACUCGAGCAAAAAGAACCAUAAGGGCAAAAGGAAUCAGUUAAAAAAAAUUAUUUCAAACUUCCCGCCACUAUUUUCUAUUUACUUCUGGCAGAUACUGAAGUUCUCCAGUGUUUGUUUUGAUACCCAUCCCGAUGGAAAUUAUUUUAGUAUUGUUAAAAAUUCUAACCUCACAGUAAUUGUGGCGCUGAUCAAGGAAUAAUGGUUUUCAAUAUAAACGAAAAACAGAAAGAGCCCAAGGACGGGACGAAAACGUAAUGAAUCGCGCAAUAAAUUCAAUUAACCAAAGUGUAACAUCUAUUCACGGUGCCGCUCUGCAGUUUAGAAUUCCAUAUCCCACUUUACGAAAACAUUUUUUAAAGCAGCCCUCCAAAAAACAACUGUUUAGACUGUUUUUUCUGGCGAUAUAGAACAGCAACUUGUACAAGAUAUUCAAGAAAUGGACGCUCGUUUUUAUGGGUUCACAAAACAAGACUUGUGCAUUUUAGCAUUUGAGUUCGCAAAUUGAAAUAAUUUGAAUUUGCCACAUCAUUUUCGUAAUGGAACAGCUGGGGAGCAAUGGUACUCAAAUGUUAUGAGGCGAUAUUUAUUAAGCCUUAGAACUCCAUAACCUACAAGCAUUGCCCGGGCUUGUGGAUUUAACAGGCCCCAAGUCCAGUUACUUUUUGAUUAUUUAAAUAAUAUAAUGAAUAAAAUGUACCAUGCCUCGUCUGCGGAGAUAUUUUUGGCAACUCUAAGUCUGACGAAACAUGGAUUGAAUGCAAUAUGUGUCAAAACUGGGCUCAUCAAUUAUGUGCUGAUUACAACAGAGGUAUCUACGAGUAUAUUUGCGACAAAUGCAAGUU